AUGGCAUUGGGGAACGAUGACGAACUGAUUGUGGAACUGGAUGGAAGCCAACUUAAAUCAUCUGUGAGCUUCAAGUACCUGGGUUCAAGUUUGCAAAGGGACGGUGGGCUGGAUGCAGAAAUACAGCAUAGACUGAAUUGCGGAUGGUUCAACUGGAGAAGAAUGAGUGGUGUGAUCUGUGAUAAGAGAGUGAACUGUAAGAUGAAGGGUAAGGUGUACAGAUCGGUAGUGAGACCAUCUACGUUGUUUGGAACGAACACCUGGCUUGUUUCAAAGAGGCAAGAGAAGAAAAUGGAAGUGGCUGAGAGGAGAAUGCUAAGAUGGAUGUGUGGGGUCACAAGAAUAGAUAGAAUUCGUAAUGAGGAGAUUAGAGGUACAGUUGGGGUGGUACCAUUGGGUCGGCGAAUGCAGGAGGCCAGGAUGAGGUGGUUUGGACAUGUACAGAGACGUAAGGAGGACUAUGUGGAACGGAGGAUGCUGGAUUUGGAUCUUGGAGGCAGGAGAGGGCGGGGAAGGUGCUGA